AUCUCUCUCUCUCUCUCUCUCUCUCUCACUCUCACGCCGAAACCCUAGCCUCCUCUGCCUUCAUCACCUCCGUUGCUCCGUCGUCUCCAUCUCUCUCUCUCUCUCUCUCUCUCUCGCGUCGCUGUCUUCAUCACCUCCGUCGCCUGUUGCACCGCCUCGCCACUGGCAUGAAGAGACCCAAAGCGCUCAAGAAGUGUGAAGUGAGUAGACAUGGAAUUAAGAAAAGCCGUAUCAAAGAACAGAUUCCUCGUAGCCCCUCACCAAGUUCCUCAGGCAAGUUGGAGCCAUCAAACGAGCACUCUACUGGUGUUGCAUCUGAGGAAGAAUUAAUUCCUAGAGAGGCAUCAAUGUAUGAUAAUUUGUUGAUGACACUGCGGUCAUGCAGCAAAUCUGUUGACGAUGUGAUUAAGAAGAGACAAAGGCAGGAAGAAGGUAAAAGUGACACAGAAGAUGAUGAUGAAGAAGAUGAGUCUGAAUCUUUUAGCGUGUCAGAGGAGGAAGAUAGUGAAGAAGAAGGUAUACUGCAACAGAAUGACAUGGUUGACAUGGGGGAGAGAAAUGAAGAUGCUGAAACUGUAGAUGACCCCGAUGCCUCUGAAACAGAUCAAGAGCAUGAUGUUGAAGUCGAUGAUCUAUUUUCUGUUGAAGGUUCAGUGUGCAUGAGUUCCUUUAGUUCACACUUGGGGUGCAAGUUAUCAGAAGAAGAAGUUGAAAAUCUGUCCAAAAGGAAAUGGAAAUAUAAGUGGGAGGAGCCUGCUGAUGGGAUGUCAAAUUGCAAGUGGAUUGGAACUGGAGACUGUUUCUUAAAGGAUGUUGAUAUAAGUUCUGGUUAUGGUCUCGAGCACAGGUUGUAUGAGCACUGGUUGGAUGUCUCUAAGACAUCUGGAAGGAAUGAUUUUGAUUCAUCUAAAGAGAGAUUAUUCUUUUCCCUUUGCAAUGGUUAUCGGGAUAUAUUACAUUGUAACAAGAAACCCUUUUAUCUCAAAGGCCUGGAAGAAGACUCGAGUAUCAUGGAGGCUUAUAUUAUGCAUUCUCUUAAUCAUUUAUUCAGAACUAGAGAUCUUGUGACAAAGAAUGAUUCAAAACUGGCAAAGGAUCCAAGCAGUGCUUACAAUGCAAAUCUUGGUGGUGAUAGUUUCCGUGAUCAUGGCUUUACUCGUCCUAAGGUUUUGAUCCUAUUGCCACUUAAACACAUCGCACUUCGUUUUGUUCAGAGGCUAAUUAAACUAACCCCUCUAGCUCACAAGGCUAAUGUGGAGCACAUGGAUCGUUUCCUUAAAGAAUUUGGAACCCAGGAGGACGAAGAUGAUGAAGACGAGGACGAGCUAUCACAUCACACCCAGGGAAAUUCAAAAGCUCAGAAGUCUUCAAAACCUUCCGACUUUCAAGCACUUUUUAGUGGCAAAAGGGAUGAUGAAGAUCAGUUUAUGUUUGGAAUUAAGUUUAAGAGGAGGAGGAUAAAGUUGUACAGCGAUUUCUAUUCCUCAGACAUCAUUGUUGCUUCUCCAGUUCGUUUAGUCGGGAAAAUAUGGGAGGCUCAAAAAUACAAGGAAAAAGAUGUUGAUUAUCUUUCUUCUCUAGAGGUUCUAAUCAUUGAUCAUGCGGAUGUCAUUGCAAUGCAAAAUUGGUCACAUGUGAAUACAGUUGUUGAACAAUUGAACCACAUACCAUCUAGGCGGCAUGGAACUGAUAUUACACGUAUUAGACCAUGGUAUCUGGAUCGAUGUGCGAGGUUUUAUAGGCAAACAAUUAUUUUGGGUUAUUAUUCUAACCCAGAUAUUAAUGCGUUGUUCAAUCACCAUUGCACUAACUACCAAGGAAAGGUAAAGUUGGUAUGCGAGUACAAGGGUGUUCUUCCAAAAGUGUUACUCCAAGUACGGCAGAUCUAUGAGCGAUUUGACGUUGAAGCAAUAUCAGAUGCUGAUGAUGCACGGUUCGAGUAUUUUGUUAAAAAGGUGUUUCCAAAGAUAAAGGACUCGGUUCAGGGAGGAGUUAUGCUAUUUAUCAGUUCUUACUUUGAAUUCAUUCGUAUCCGAAAUUUUUUGAAGUCGCAGGAGGCAUCUUUCUGUCUGCUUGGAGAGUACACCGAACAGAGUGAUAUUUCCCGUGCACGUGUUUGGUUCUUUGAAGGAAGGCGUAAAAUUAUGCUUUACACUGAGAGGGCUCACUUUUACUUCCGAUACAAGAUUCGUGGUAUUCGGAAUUUAAUAAUGUACUCACUGCCCGAGCGGAAGGAAUUUUACCCAGAGAUUGUUAAUAUGCUUGAUGGUUCCCAUAACAUGUCGUGCACGGUGCUAUUUUCUCGCUUCGAUCAUUUUCGGCUGGAGAGAAUAGUUGGAAGUGCUCCGGCAACAAGGAUGUCCACUUCAGAGAAGAGUGUCUUCGUUUUCUGUUGAGAGACUUUUCUGGGCUUGUACAAUAAGCACUGGAGAAGAUAGACAAAACUUCUUUUAUCUUAUCAACGUUCACUGCCGCCAUGAGAUGACUUUUAUUUAGCCAAGAAAGGAAACAAUGGUGACGACUUGGAAGUUGAAAUCAAUUUUGCAGGUGGAGGAUGGAUGGAGGGAUGUGUUCAUCAUUUUUGACAAUGAGCACGUGAGAUAUAGGAAUUCAUUCCUUUGUCACUAGGAUCUUUUUAUUUUUAUUAUUAUUUUUAACUUUUUGGCUGUAGAUAUGAUAUUUUUGUAUAUACUGUUUAUCAAUUAGUAGAAAAUAAUCCACUAGCUCCUAAACAACUUUUCG